GCACUGCUCAUCAGAGGCGUGAAUGUCCACUUUUUGUUCAAGUGAAAGGCGAUGGGAACUUUCAAUGCCAGUUUAGGGAAAGGCUUCAUAUUAGUAGGCUUCUCUGAUUUCCCUCAACUGGAAGUUUUCCUCUUUGUCUUUAUUCUAGUCUUUUAUCUGCUAACUCUCCUUGGCAACACCACCAUCAUUGCUCUCUCAAGGCUGGAUGUCAGAUUGCACACACCCAUGUACUUUUUCCUCUCCCAUCUUUCUUUCCUGGACCUGUGCUACACCACAAGCACUGUACCACAGCUUCUCAUUAACCUCUGUGGGUUGGAUAGGACCAUCAGCUAUGGAGGCUGUGUGGCUCAGCUCCUCAUUUUCCUUGCCUUGGUCUCCACAGAGUGUCUGCUCCUGGGGGUCAUGGCCUUUGACCGUUAUGCGGCUGUGUGCCGUCCACUGCACUACACGACCAUUAUGCACCCUCAGCUGUGUCAGGGACUGGCCAUCUCCUCCUGGGUUUCUGGCCUUGUGAACUCUGUGAUUCAGACAGGACUUGUUAUGGCCAUGCCCCUCUGUAGCCAUCGGCUGAAUCACUUCUUCUGUGAGAUGCCCAUAUUCCUGAAAUUGGCUUGUGAAGACACUAAUGGAACGGAGGUCAAGAUGUUUGUGGCCCGAACAAUAAUCUUGAUCUUUCCUGCUGCACUGAUUCUGGGCUCCUAUGGACACAUUGCCAGAGCAAUUCUGAGAAUCAAGUCAAUGGCUGGACGAAGAAAGGCCUUUGGAACUUGUGGGUCCCACCUCAUUGUGGUUUCUCUGUUUUACGGCUCAGGCAUAUAUACAUACCUCCAACCUAUCCACAGAUAUUCAGAGAACGAGGGAAAGUUUGUUGCUGUUUUUUAUACUAUACUCACCCCCAUUCUCAACCCUUUAAUAUAUACUCUGAGGAACAAGGAUGUGAAGGGGGCUCUGUGGAAAGUACUUGGGAAAGGCACAGACUUAGUGUAAGAGGAGGAAGUAAGACUAUUGUCUGUGAUAUCACCCAUAAUCUGAAACCCACCUUUGAGGGACACUAGUGACAGCCCUCAGGGUCC